UCUACUGAAACCAUUGCCCGACACUUUGUUAUCUGGACAGUCGACGAGUUGCUCUCACCUUCAGCUCCUCCUUCCCAGACUUUCCCUCGCCUCUACCUUUACAACUCCCUUGCUCUUCUGCGCGAUCUCCGCGACACACCUGCGAUUGACUCCCGAUCUUCGUCGAGAGAGUUCCCACAAUCUAUGAGGAUUUCGGACGCGUGUCUGAGAUAGUUCUAGCCUUAGCCACCAGCUUAGGCUGCCUAUAUGGGUAUGUUAUCCAGUGAUUGCCAUGACAAAGCAGCAACAGCGGUGGUCAUUGCCUAAGGCUAAUACAUCUCAACGCAGGAAACACUAUGGAGUAUCCCCUGCGGAAUGCUGCUUACAAGCCUGACCCUGGUGAUACGGAUACUAAGGAUAUCGAGCUCAACAUCAAGGCAAACGAUCUCUGCCUAGCCGAUAAUCUUCUUAAACCAUUAAGCGACGAGGAUGCAGACGCUGUGGCACAACUUCCAGAUAAAAAAGCUCAAAUCGUCGAUGCGAGCGACGCGAAAAAACUCAUCGGUAUUUGCGUGGGACUCGAUACCAUUGUCAGCAAAAAAGGUGGCCAACCAACCAUGAUGAUCAUUGUGGGCGCUUGGCCCAAAGCGACCCCAAGCACUGUAUGGGCGCUCCUCAUAAGCGAUUCCCAUCAAAACCGCCUUCCGAUGGUGCAAUACCUCAUCGGGUGCAAGAUGUCUGGGUUCAAGAAACUCAGCAGAGGCGGACUUGACACCAGCAAAUUGCACCCAGAGUUCCUGCAAUGUACUGGAUCGACUUUGUCGGCUUUGAUCAAACACUACUUCUUCAUGUCUGGCGUAUUUGUUCCGUACGAUUUGCAUAUCAAGAGCCGAUCGUAUAAACAAGAGAUCCUCAAAGCUACGAAAUACAAGCCAUUCUGCACUCCACCCAGUGAAGAAAGGCGCAAGAAUCAGAGAAAUCACUCUGCUCCACUGCACAAGUGCGCGGAGAAAACUUUUGAAUCCCAGUGGAAAUCAUUGGAUGAUGAAACAGGAACCAUCAAAUCCUUGCGCAAUGGCUACCAGUACAAAUUAAAAAAAGCUCAAGUGGAGCGAAGGAACGCCGAACAGGCUGUUCUAAAGGCCCAAGCAGCUGUGCAGAAAGCCACACAGAAGAUAAAGGAUUUGCAAAGAAAGGACGUCGCUAUGGCCUCCCGAGAGAUGCAAAAGAAGCUGGAAAAAGAAUCUCUCCUCGAUUCGCUCUCCGAGAGGGAACGAAGUUUAUUCAAAAUGGCAUGGGAAGGAGGUAGAAAAUCCCAUGAGAGGGGAGAUGAAGAGCCAUUGCUCAAGCGCCAGAGGAAAUGAUUCGCGCUUCAGCUGAAGACGGCAUGCUUCAAGUCGGGAAUGAAAGAGGGGAUUCUGGGGGGAGAUUGCAAUGGAUGGAUCUCAUGGUUUUAUGUUUCUGAGCUUUUAAUCACAACGUCAAAGCAGGCAAU